AUGGCUGGCUGCCAAACGGCAUCACACGCAGGGAUAACAGCUGCAGACCCAUUCUUUGGCAGGGCGACGCAUUCUUGCAAUUCAAUGGGAUCCAAACCGGUAGAAAAACAUGACCAAAAUGCUGCAGAAAACAUGUCGGAAGAAGACAUGGAAAUGAUCAAUGUCGAUUUUGAUUUUGCUGCCCCAUCCGAGAGUGAUGUACCUGCAUUAAAGCGCCUUCUUCAACAACAAUGGUACACCCACGCUCCACAACUCCAGUUGCAUUCUGUCGCCGAGCACAUUGUUCAUCUAGGUAUGAACGUUGGUAUUGGUACUGUUGUGAAAGUGGAUGAUUUGGAGCAAAUCCAUGAUCCUUAUGCCCUGAUGAGCUGCAUGGAUCUGGGCACCUCGUCACCGGCCACGGACGAAGUACGAAACUAUUUUAUAUCCCAAUUGAGUCGCGCAGCCUCAGCUAAACCACUACUGGAUCUUGUUCAAGCGGCUACCGAAAGCAAACCUAUCCUCUACAUCAUUCAUGAGCGCAUGAUCAACCUACCGCCUCAGUUGAUGCCACCUCUUUUGCGGAUGUUGCUAGCAGAAGUGAAGGAGACGUUAGAAGAAUCGUCUAAACCAGCUCCCACCCAUGUACUUUUCUUUUCUCGUGCAUUCUCGGCAGACGCCUUGGAUGAAGGACGCGGUGAUGAUGAUGAUGAUGAGCCAACGGGUCUUGCAGGUGCACGCAAGCGCAAGGCUGGUGGAUUACACGCGCGCCCAGAAGAUGCUGCAAAUGCAGCUCUGGGAAAGCAAAUUAGCAACAAGAAGCGAUCCGGUCAGUCCGACUUUGAUGAUGGUUUGGGUUCAUUCCACCCAGAAGACGAGUUGAUUCGUGAAUUUGCCUCACAUUCGUAUACGUAUCGGUUUCCCCCGCCGCGUGAUGCAGAGGCGUCGUUUGAACCACCGUUAUUUGGUCGUCUUAUUGCUGUACCGUAUGCAAAAAUGUCGUCUCUAUUGGAUCGCCUACAUCAAGAGUGGCCAGAACCAACUCAAUAA